AUGGGACGAUUGCUGUCCAGUGCACCUGCUUUCACAUACCGGUCACGCAGAGCAGAGAUGCACAGUCGACGGCUACCGAGGGAGUCUGGAGGAUGCAAACCCAUGGGUCACCAAACGGCUUUACACCAGGCAGCUGUUGUGGGAAACCGUGAUGCCAUCUCUGCCCUCAUCCGUGGAGUCUGUGCAUUAGAUCUACAAGACAAGGAAGGCAACAGUGCUUUGCAUGAAGUAUCGUGGCAUGGCUUCAGUCCAUGUGUGAAGCUGCUGGUCCAAGUUGGAGCAGAUGUCCUUGUUAAGAACAAAGCAGGAAACACAGCACUACAUCUGGCGUGUCAGAAUGGACAUUGUCAGACUGCCAGAAUGCUGCUACUUGCUGGAGCUGUGCCCGACAGCAAAAACAAUGCAAGUGACACGUGUUUACACAUUGCUGCUCGCUACAAUAAUUCAUCUGUGAUUAAGAUCCUCUUGGGUUCCUCAUGUUCCAUCGCUGAGAAAAACCAGGUUGGGGAGACGGCGUUUCAUGUCGCUGCUGGUUUAAACCACAAAAAAACUGUUAGUUUGUUACUGGAAGCUGGAGCUGAUGCAUGCAUCAGAAAUGAUGCAGGACACACUGUACUUGAUAAAGCUCGGGACAAUAAUAAUCGAGAUCUGGCCAUUCUUCUGGCAAAGUCUAAUCAGGUGUGGGCGGAUAUUCCAGUUUCUUUUUACCAUUUAGUACCAAUUCUUUGUACUAUCCAAUAUUGCAUAAAAACAAAACAAAAAUACAAAUACUCAAAACAAAAGCAUCUCUUUUUGUGUUGUGCCCAGGUCCAAAAGAAGAAAAAAAAAGAGGUAUUAUGGACGCCGAGCAUCCCCAGAGAUCAGGUCCCGCAGGAGAAGCUGCAAAUUUCAGAUAAGAACUUUACUGAAGUGGUUGAAGCCCAAGCACAAAGCGGUGACCAUUUACUUCACAACAUACAACCGGAGGAGAACAAAGUGAGCCCUUGUAUGAGGAGAAAGAUCAAGAGAUCAAUACAGAAGUUUAAACAUGUUUUCCAGAAAGACUGCAGCUUUUACGAGGAAGACGAACUUCCACAUGGAAAAGCCUUUCAGCUUUAUAAUUUAUACCGAGACAAAGAUGGACAGAUAAAGCAGGCUCCUGCAAAGGACUGUUAUUGUAAGCCCCUCCUCAGAAAACUUGAGAAUAAACUGAGAGCCACAGAGAUGGAGAUGAGAUUACAAAUUCACACUGUUCAAGAGGAGAUGAACAGCAGACUGGGCAAAGUAGAGCUUAAAAACAAACGGCAGAUUAAAGUGCUUGAGAAACUCACACAGGAGCACGUGUCCGCCGAGAGGAUGGAGUGUCAUUAUCGGAUCAAUCAGAGAGCUACCCUGGAAUGCAUGGAGGGAAAGAAAAGACAGCAGGUGGCCACGACGAAGGAAGUGAAAAGCUGGUGCAUGUCUAAGAUUCAGGAUCUCGAGAUGCGAACGCCUGAGACACGACACUAUAAGCUCCUGCGGUCUCCAUCGGUGGAUGAUUCGAUGGACACAGAAUCAGAAGGUCUGCCUCUGCUUUCACUCAUCUCGGAGGAGAGCUCCAGCUCACUGGCCACAUACGUCAAUGUGUUACCCAGCCCAGGAGCGGGUGGGAAGAGCUUUGAGUUUGAGGACGCCCUAGGGAGGAGACACUAUAAUGCGAAGCGAAAUGGCUCUUCAGAUGAUUAUGUUAAUCUGAAACAUCUAUCCAUAUUUACACACAAGCCACUCUUGGGCAAGCUGGCCACCGCUGACCCCCAGUGGGAGAGAACAAAACUGCAGAGAAAAACUAUGGCAGACGUAUCAACAUACAAGGGAAUUGACCGCUGUGACAGCAGUGCCAGUAACAGCCUGUUCACAUCCAGCAACUUGAGCAAGCAAUUUACUGACAGUGAUACAGAUACACUGUCCGGCCCAGCCGGGAAACACAGCAAACAUUUGAAAAACAGAAUUAAAGCGCACCGCACACACACCCAGCAGGGCGGCGCCGUGUCCACUCUAGAGGUUUUUGCUCAGGGACCUGCGGAUGCCACCUUCAUCCAGGAGCGGGCAAACUUGCAUGCUGUGGAAGUGACUCAGCGUUUCUUUGAAACGGUCUCCACGCAGCUGGAACGCUGGUAUGAGAGGAAGAUUCAGGAGGCACAAAGGGUGGUGGAACAGAAAGCUCUGCAGGACAGAGUCAGUCUGCUGCAGAAGAUCAACACGCUGGAGGAAGAGCUGCAGAGGCUUCGCACUAAUACAGAGACUAAGUGUUGAUCUACAUGCAUACUAUUCUUAAUUAAAGUCUCUUAAACUGCACUAAAACAUUUUUCCAGGUUGCAGACUCUGUCUAGAGCCCCUCCAUCAGAGAAUCGCCAGUUUUUAACGUUUAUGAUUUGCUCUUUUUAUUGGAAGGCGGAACCUCCCUUUUUGACUUCAUGAUAGAGUGGUGCAGAGAAUGAGAUGACUUUUUUUGUAUGCAAACCCCGGAAGCGAGUUAAUAUUUUAGCACUUCCGGUUCCAUCGCCCCAAAGUCAAUGGGUUUUUUGAAUGGGUUUGUGGUAAAAUGCCUGAAAUAAGGUCUGUGAUCAACAAAACCUCUAAAUAUUUUCACGUUGUAAUCUAUGACAUAAAACACACCAGUUAUAACCUGCUGGUGAUUUUUUAAAGCUUUAUUGUGUCUUAAAACAGCGGUUGCUAAUAAGUUGCUAAAAGCGACUACGGCGGAGAUGAGACGCCAUCGUGCAUAUAAAUCUCACAAAUAAUGCAACAUGGGCACAAAUCUCUAAAAUCGUGGAUGGAGAUUCAUUCAGAGGAAUUACUUACCAGGAAACACGUUGAUAAUUUUUUGAAAAAGUUGUCGGAGGCUUGGUGGUGGUGACGUUGAUAUUGAGCGACCAUAGUGUAGUCUGUUUAUACUGUAGCAUCAUGUUAGCUUUUUACUUCUGCAGAUUGUAUUUAGGCUUCAAAAGUAACAAAUGUUGUGUUCAUUUGUAAAGAUGACCUUGAUAGACAAAACGUGUAAACAUCGUAAACCUUUGUUAAUCACAGAACUUAUUUUUUGCGAUCUUCCAAGUGUCUAUGGGGAAAUUGCAUAGGCUUUUGGUCGAGGGAACCAGUGCGGCACUAACUUCCGGGUCCGACAAAAAUACAUAAUCUAUGAGGUACAGCGUCUUGUUAAUAUCUUUGGUUUUUGUCAUUAUAAAUUGUUCACCUUCUAAAACCUGUAACAAUCUGAACAAAACUGGAGCUUUGUAAAUAUUUUUCCGAAUAUUUUCAUUAGGCUACCUUCUUUUGAAUGUCAGGAAUUUUUGGUCACAAUUGAAGUACUUCAGAAUUACAAUAUACAGUACUUUGAAGUAAACUUUCGAGAACCUUCAUGGUUUUUUUAAUUUUAUGUCUAGUGAUAUUUUAGGAUUAAUACUUAAUGAGAUUACAAUGACAAAAUUUAACAUUUUAAUAUUUAUUUUAAAUUACAUAUAUUUCAAUAUUUAACAAAGGACUAGCGACUCUAGAACUGCUCCUGGUGUAAUGGUAGGCCUACUUAUAUAUACAUAAUAAAGCAUUAUUGCUUGGACAUAAAAUAUUGAUUUUAUUUAAUUAAAGGUGAUUUUUGCUGAAAAUGUUUGUAGCUCUCACAUGCAGGAACCUAUGAAAUUAAAUAUUGCGAGUUAGGCUCCUGGUUUGUAUAGACAUGUCUGUCAGUUUACAUUAGUAAUGGCCAGAUGAAUAGACAGUUCAGUAAAGACAUGUUUUACCCUGGACUGAAUCACAAGUUGUUGUGAAACGUUGUUCAUUGUUCAAUAUUGUAUAAUUGUUCAGUCUGUGUAACUGUACAUACAAUUUUUUUAUGUUUAGAUAAAAAAAUAGUUUGUGUGUGUUCUAGUCAAAGCUAAAAAUGUUUGAAAUGUUGUAUAACAGUUCAUCAUGAUUCAUGACCCACGAUGACCUGUCUACUUGUGUUACACAGUCCAACAGUACCAGAGUGAAUCUCCAGUUUGUUAAUGUCAUUGAUUUUUAUAUUUGUUUAUUUAUUUAUAUUAUUAUUUCAUAUUUUCAUAUUAUUUUCAGAUGUUUUGAGGUAAAAUGCUGUUCACACUAUUCUUUACCCCAUUCACACCCUAAAUCUCAACUCUGUAAAUAUCCGCAGGUGCGCUGGAAUCUCAUCAUCUCCAAACAGAGAUCGGGGCUGCAUGAGCUUGUAUUGAUUGAAAUGGAUCAGAGUAAAGUAAUCUAUCAGCAUGGUGGAUGUCCACCCCACUGCCUCCAACAUCCAUUUUCUAACUCCACGCCCCCAAUGCUUUUACACGACAACACAUAAAAGCCUGUUCCAAUGGCUACAGCUACACCUCUCUGUGAUAGGCUAUAAAGUGUUACACUAAAUAUGUUAGGUUAUUUCAACCAAGCGUUGGGUCAAAAAUGGGCAAACCCAAUGGUUGGGUUAAAUUAACCCAGCACGUGGCUUAUAUUUGACCCAACAAUGUGUUAAAACCACCCAGCAUUUUGGGUUGAAACAACCAAACAGGUUAUUUCAUAACCCAAUGGUGGGUUUGUCCAUUUUUGACCCAACGCUGGAUUUAAAAUAAUCCAACAUUUUUUUAGUGUGUACAGAUAAAGUAAUUGCAUGCAAAAAGCACAGCAUAUUCUUAAAGCUUACAAUUGCAUUCUUUUACAUGCAGACUAAGAAAAAUAUCUACACCAA